AUGAUGGCGGUUAGGGCCUGCUCAGGGGCUUUGCUCCUUGUUCUGCUGACUGGUGACAGUUACAGCUACCCUGCAAAUAAAGGUUUUGACGCCGGCUCCACCUAUGGCAGCAGUAACGGUGCAAACCCUGUGUCUGCCGGCUCCAGCUGGGAAGGGCCUUCCUCUGGAUAUACAGAUUCUGGUGCGAGGGCUGCCGCUGCUAAAACUCGUCCUCAAACUGAUUCACGCAAAGUGCCUAAGUACUCUCAGCCCGGUGUUCAGAACAGACAUCAACUAGACAUCAACUGGUCUGGUGCACCUCCCAGUCCUUUUUCUUCUGAGGAAAGAAACAAGGCCCGCAGCUUUGCCUCCAGUAAACCUGAAGCAUUUGGCUCCAGGUACGUGGGGCCACCUGCUCCUCCCCAGUUCCGGGCAGGUGAAUUGUCUUACGAAGAGACCAUCUAUGAGAGUGGCGACCGCGAAUCUGAGACGGAGGAGCGAGGCAUCCCACCGCCACCUCCAGGUGUCGCUGUUGCGGAUGGACCUGUGCCUAAUAGUGAUCUCCCAUCGGUCACUGGGGAAGGAUGGGUUGUGUAUCCUUAUCCGAUAGACUACAUGUUACGGAUGGGCCGGUAUCCUCCAGGCACACUCUCUCACUUCACCAACAGCUUUGAGCAGGGGAGGGACUCCUGGCAGGACUCACACCAGAUAAGAUACUACUAUCCUGCUAACCCCCGUCCUCUGCAGGCUGAGACCAUCCCCACUGACUAUGGAGCACCUUUGAGCAAUAAGCGUCCAAGCCAACCUGUGAAGCAGUCUACUGGGAGUGCUGGCUAUGGUCAGACCAGUGCGGUGAAUGGACAAAACCUGCCCUAUAGAAGAGUUGGGUCCAGCAGGAUGACAGAGCCCAAGCAUGGUUAAGGUUGAAGAUCAAUUGCUCUGGUUGUUUUACUGAUAGAUUCUCGUCAAGGUUUCUGGUGCUAGCAAAUGUCAACAUGCCAGUUUUCUCCAUCUUUGUUCCUGCCUGUUCCAACUUCAAUAGCAAUGAGCUUUAAUGGUAAGAUUAUUAAAUUGUUGAUCUUGUGUUUACACCAUACGAAAAAUAAACCUCAAUAGUACAAAUGGC